CACGAAAGAUUACGCCAGUAUCUCAGAAAUAUUUGACUCAAAAUCACUGCAAAGUGAGACACUGGAAGUGAAAGUUCAAAAUGAAGUGCCUUCUACUUGGUGUUUUUGUAGCAUUUUCGGGAUUCGUUUGGGGUAAUCAGACAAUUGCAAAAGGAUUGGAAGUUUCUAAGUUGAAAGUCCAAAUCUAUUACGAAUCACUAUGUCCGGACUGUAUUCAGUUUUUUAAGAAACAGUUGCAGAAGUCGAUGAGAGAAAAAGAUAGAUUACCCUACACCGACCUUGAAUUGGUUCCUUUUGGAUUUGCGAAGAUUGAACAAGAUCCAGCCACUAAUGACCUGGUUAUUCGCUGCCAACACGGAGACAAAGAAUGCAAGGUGAAUGCCUUGCAUGCGUGUGUUUUGGAGAAUUCAGAACCGGAAGCCGCAUUUUACGCUAUUUCUUGUAUGAUGAGUAGUUAUCCACCAAAAGUAAAGAUGUGCGCAAAGAAAUUCCAUUUGAAUUUGGAACCAAUAGUAAAAUGCUGUCGAGACCGCACUAUUCCAGAGAUAUUGGAUAAAUACGGACGUGAAACAGCAGCGAUUAAUCCUCAGUCUGUUCCAGCUGUGGCUUUGGAUGGUAUUUUUAAGCCAGAUGAACAAGAUCAGUUAACAUCUGAAUUCGACAAGAUGUUUUGUAGGGCAUACAAGGACAAGUUUGGAAUUCAAUUGGAAGAUUGUGAAUAAUAACUGCUAGUUUUAACAUUCCAACAAUUUGAUAAAUAACAAAAUAACACCUUUUUUACCAAUGUAA